AUGGGGAAAAAGAGAAACCUUGGGGAGAACCACAAUCAGGAGAGAUCCACUACCAGGACGGUCAUGUCAUCAUUUCUGUGUACAGGAGGUAUAAAUCGAGCUGGGGCUGCUGUUCCAGCAUUCUUGAGGACCCCAACAAUGAUCCAGCCACACCUGGACAUGAAGCCUUACCUGCCGUUUCCAAUGGAGACUCCUCCUCCACCCCCACCUCCUCCUCACAGCCUGAGCCUUUUCCAUAACUUCAGUACGAUGGACCCAGUCCAGAAGGCCGUGAUCAACCACACAUUCGGAGUUCCACUGGUCAAGACCAAGCGGCCGGUCAUUUCCUGCAACGUCUGUCAGAUCCGCUUCAACUCAGAGAGCCAAGCUGAAGCCCACUACAAAGGAAACCGCCAUGCCAGGAGAGUCAAAGGCAUUGAAACCUCAAAGAGUCGCUGUCAAGAUGGUGACAAGCCUCAAACCGCGACCCCCACCACCUCGCCAUCUCCUCCGGGAGCCCCAGGCACUCCCUCUGAUAACGAGAGCAGCAAACAAGAUGAAACACAGCCUGUGUCACAGUUAAAUGGGCCACUGUUUGCCUCGGGAACUCUACCCCCUCUGACCAACCCGCCUACCCCACCCAUGGACCCACCCUCUCAAUGUGCCCUGCUGCCCACUUCGACCCAUCCCAUGAGUUCUACUUCCUCCUCCUCGCCAGGUGGUAGCAUCCCCGGCAACUCAGAGCCCUCUCUGGUCUCAGGAGCCACAGGGCCCUUGACUUCCGGCGGUCCACCCGGCCCAGAGACAGAAGAGGACAAGGCAAAGAAGUUGCUCUAUUGUUCCUUGUGCAAAGUGGCUGUCAACUCCUUGUCACAACUGGAGGCUCACAACAAAGGUACCAAACACAAAACUAUUUUGGAGGCUCGCAGUGGGCUGGGCCCCAUCAAGGCUUAUCCACGCCUGGGUCCGAAGCCAAGUGGAGAGCAAGGAGGUGGCCCAGUGGACCCCAACACUCAGGAAAGAACCUUCCACUGUGAGAUCUGCAAUGUGCGGGUCAAUUCUGAAUUGCAACUCAAACAGCACAUAUCAAGUCGAAGGCAUCGGGAUGGAAUGGCGGGCAAGCCGAACCCCCUCCUCAGCCGGCACAAGAAGCACAGGGGAGCUGAUCUGACGUCAUCGCUGACCUUCUCCAAGGAUCUCAGCAAAGCUUUGGGAGCCGGGCUGCUCCCCAACCCCUUAGCUGUCGCGGCAGCCAUGGCUGCCGCCGUAUCUACAAACCCGCUGGCACUGCGCGCAGCCACUCCAUCGCCGCACCCGCACCACCACCUGCUACAAGGACCGCCCCUCAGCCACGCCAUCUUGAGACCCGCUCCGGGACCCAUCCGCACCGCUCACGGGCCCAUCCUUUUUUCUCCUUACUGA